CCGCAAAGACAAGAAUAACAACUGCUGAGCUCCAACGCAACACUUUGCUCCCCACCUAACCCUUGUCUUCUCCUCUCCUUCCUCAUCCAUGCCGCCUGCUUAAUUACACCUCCGUUUGACCUCGAUCCACAGCUCCGCCGCCAUGGACGCGGCCGAGAUCGCCGUCGUCCGGCUGUCGCGGAGGUUGGUGGUCCCGGAGGAGCCUACGCCGACCGGCCACCUCCGCCUCUCCUGGCUCGAUCGCUACCCGACCCAGCGCGCCCUCAUCGAAUCCCUUCACGUCUUCGACCGCGGCGGCUGCCGGGACGACCCGGCGGCCGCGAUACGCGCGGCGCUGGCCAAGGCUCUGGUGCAUUACUACCCCCUGGCGGGGCGGCUGGUGGAGACGGACCACGGCGAGCUACAGGUCUCCUGCAACGGGGCGGGCGUUUGGUUCGUCGAGGCUGUCGCCGACUGCGGCCUUCGCGAGGUGGACUACUUGGAGCACCCCUUGAUGAUCCCCAAGGACGAGCUGCUGCCGCGACCCCCGCCGGAUCUAGACGCGGAGGAGGAGGAGAGCCUUGUUUUGAUGGUCCAGGCGACCAAGUUCGCUUGCGGCGGAUUCGUGGUGGGUUUCCGUUUCAGCCACGCGAUCUCUGACGGUCCAGGAGCGGCCCAAUUCAUCAAUGCCAUCGCCGAGCUCGCGCGUGGCCUCCCGCAGCCCACCGUGGAGCCGGUGUGGUGCCGCGACGCCAUCCCCAACCCGCCCAAGUUUGUCUCCGGGCCGUGCGCGCUGCUCACCGACGUCCACCUCCACUACCUGAUCAUGGACAUCUCCCCGGAUUUCAUCGGCCGCCUCAAGGCCCAGUUUUUCGACCAGACCGGCGACCGCUGCUCCUCCUUCGAGGUCCUCGUCGCCAAGGCGUGGCAGUGCCGGACGCAGGUCAUCCACCUCGCCUCCGACGUGGACGUCCACCUCUGCUUCGCCAUGAACACGCGCGGCCUGCUCCACCAGGUCCUCCCCGACAACAGAGGCUACUACGGUAACUGCUACUACAUCAUGAAGGUGCGGGCGGCGGCGGGGACGAUUGCCGCCGCGUCGAUCGCGGAGAUCGUGAAGCUGAUCAAGGACGCCAAGCGGCGGCUGCCGAUCGAGUACGCGAAGUGGGCUAAGGGGGAGCUGAAGGAAGACCCCUACCAGCUCACCUCCGCCUACGAGUCGCUGCUCGUCUCCGACUGGACCCGACUCGGGUUUUCUGAGAUCGACUACGGUUGGGGGCCGCCGGCGCAUGUGGUGCCGCUCACCAACACCGACUACAUCGCCACCUGCAUCCUCGUCCGCCCCUCCGCCCCCAAGCAGGGCGCGCGCCUCAUGACGCAGUGCGUCACCGAGCACCAGGCCGCCGCCUUCCGCCAGUCCAUGAUGAGCCUGAGCUAAGCUCCAGAGCUCCAGUACGUCUCUAAACCCUUCGAUGUCUAUGAAUUCUUCCAAGUUACUACAUUUUUUUUUUUUCGAUUUCUGGCGUUGAUUUAAACAUACGUGAACUCUUCGUCCGAGGGAAGAAUUCUCAGCUCGAAUUCUGCCAAAUAUUCCAUGUUUAUUCUUGCGAAUUGCUAUUUUCUCAUUAAAUUUCUGUUUAUUGUACUCUUGCUACUUGGCCUCCGUUAAUGACCAUUUAAUUCUCAACAA